CUUUCAACAUUUCCUCCACGGAUGCUUCCAGGCUGCAUUCAUCUUCUGUCUGUAUGCACUGCGACCCCCUUUCAAUGUGGACAAUGACAGACGGGGAAAUGUGAUGUUGCGACCGUUACACUUCCUGGUGCGGAACUGAUUCGAUCCACGGGAAGAAGACAACAAAUUGUCGACGAUGGAGGACAAGCGCAAGAAGCGGAGCCCCAAAGUGUCCCUCCCGCAGCCCCCGCCUCCUCCCAUCAACCCACGCAAGCUCUCGGUCCUGCCUGCCAGCAAAAGCGCCACCUUCUCUCUCGGCCUGCCGCAGCCCCCGUCCCCUAAAAACCGAGGCAAGUACAAAAGGUCCGCAGGGGCGGCGGGACAGGCCAAAGAGGUGUUCGCGGGCGUGGUGGCUCCACCCAAGACGACCAGGGCCCACAAGGAGAGGCCCAGGCCCCCCCAGCCUGCAGGACCCAGUAAAGUAGUGCAGUCCUCCCCGCUGCAGCACUCCUUUCUUACCGACGUCUCUGAUGUGAGAGAGAUGGAAGGAGGCCUCUUGAACCUUCUCAAUGACUUCCACUCGGGCAAACUGCAGGCUUUUGGCAAGGUGUGCUCCUUCGAGCAACUGGAGCACGUGCGCGAGAUGCAGGAGAAGCUGGCGCGACUUCACUUCAGCAUGGACAGCCACGUGGAGGAGCUUUCCGAGGACCAGAGGAAGUGCGCCUCCGACCGCAACCUGGAGCACCUGCUCUGCAACACAAAAGCUCCACUUGGCUGAGAACCAGGACCUGUCCAAGACAUCUGCUCCCUGACGAAGUGAGGUGUUGAGAGGCCAUAAAAUCCCAGCAGACCCGGCCGGUUACCACGACAUAGGCCGUGCGGUUGCCAUAGUAACAGGAUGGACACAUAAAGGGUAGUGCUGUACUCUUCCCAUUAAGUCACUGAAGGUGCGGGAACAAAACACUAUGCCAAACUCACCAUAAGAAAUGAUAUGAAGAUGACUAAUGUUUGAAUCCAUUUUGCAAACAAAGAGGACAUCAGCGUUAAGACUUUUGUUUUUAUGGGGUCACAUUACCUUUAAAAAACACAUUAUGGUUUAGUCAGACACUUCAUCUUUGCUAAUAAUAUAUAUGAAUGGGAUGUAAUAAGAUUUCACUGGAAGAUCCAAAUGCACAAUUUAUGUGCUUCAGGGUUGGAAUACACAUUUCCAGUUAAAAUAACAAAGGACAAAUGUCAUUUUCUCUGUACUGUCUUUGUAUAUACUGUGUCUAUAUAUAUGGAAAUAUAAAAUGGCAGCUACUCCCACAGUUUUAGAUCAUUUAAAGGGUGAGUUUUUGCUCGAUGUGUGUUCCCUGACAGGCAAUUUAAAGUUAUUGCUGGCACAGGCCCUCAGCCCAACCAAUUCUUUUUUUCGUCUCUUGUGAAUCUAUUAAUAAACACAUUUGGGAUUGCACUCACCCUUCAUUGUGUUGGAUAACAUAACUUGCAAAACCAGGCUAUGUAUAAAAAAUAAAUAAAUAAAUAAAUAAAUCUAAUACCCACCAAAAACUAUGGAUCGGUUACCUAUUUUAAACAUGUACUGGAUACCCACAAGCCAGAUUAACAUGAUUUAAUGAGCCAAUACCCAAGCUACGUACUGUCAAUUAGUUUACAAUGGUAAAUGGCACUGUAUCAAAUGAAGUGGUUGGAUGGUAUGCAUACUUUGUGAAAAAGGCACACAAAAGUUCAAUUUACAGAAAUAAAACACUUUAUAUUUAUAUAUCAAUGUCUUUGUCAUUGUUCACAAACAAGAUGAAUAUAAU